AUGUCGGAAGUCGAAGUCUCCCGCUCGGAGAAGAAAAAACACAAGAAGAAGACAGCCCCGGAGACCGAGGCUGACCCCAUGAUGACCCCAUCCAAAGACGGCUCCUCCGCCGCCGCCGCCGGAGACUUCCUGAUCAAGCCCCAGAGCUUCACACCGGCGAUCGACACUUCCCAGUGGCCCAUCCUGCUCAAGAACUACGACCGCCUGAAUGUCCGCACCGGUCACUACACUCCACUCCCCUCCGGCUACUCUCCGCUCAAGCGUCCGCUCGCCGAGUACAUCCGCUACGGUGUCAUGAAUCUCGACAAGCCGGCCAAUCCUUCCUCCCACGAGGUGGUCGCCUGGAUCAAACGGAUUCUCCGCUCGGAGAAGACCGGCCACAGCGGGACACUCGACCCGAAAGUCACAGGUAACCUGAUUGUUUGCAUUGAUAGAGCUACCCGUCUGGUUAAGUCGCAGCAAGGAGCUGGGAAAGAGUACGUCUGUGUCGCCAGGCUACACGACAAGGUCCCCGAUGUAGCUAAAGUCGCCAGAGCUCUUGAAACCCUGACCGGAGCUGUCUUCCAGAGGCCUCCCCUGAUCUCUGCGGUCAAGAGGCAGCUCAGGAUUAGAACUGUGUAUGAAAGCAAGCUGCUUGAGUAUGAUGUUGAUAGGCAUUUGGUUGUGUUCUGGAUUUCAUGCGAGGCUGGUACUUAUGUCAGGACCAUGUGUGUCCAUUUGGGGCUGGUUCUUGGUGUUGGAGGUCAUAUGCAGGAGCUUAGGAGGGUUAGGUCUGGGAUUCUGGGUGAGAAGGAUAACAUGGUGACGAUGCAUGAUGUGAUGGACGCUCAAUGGGCUUAUGAUAACUAUAGGGAUGAGUCUUAUUUGAGGAGGGUGAUUAUGCCGCUCGAGGUGCUGUUGACUAGCUACAAGAGGCUGGUGGUUAAAGAUUCUGCUGUGAAUGCAAUUUGCUAUGGUGCAAAGCUGAUGAUUCCUGGGCUGUUGAGGUUUGAGAAUGAUGUGGAAGUUGGGGAGGAAGUUGUGUUGAUGACAACCAAGGGCGAGGCGAUUGCGCUGGGGAUUGCCGAGAUGACCACUGCUGUGAUGGCUACCUGUGAUCAUGGUGUUGUGGCGAAGAUAAAGAGGGUGGUUAUGGAUAGGGAUACUUAUCCCAGGAAAUGGGGUCUUGGUCCGAGGGCUUCGAUGAAGAAGAAGCUGAUUUCUGAAGGGAAGUUGGAUAAGCAUGGGAAGCCAAAUGAGAAGACACCCAAUGAAUGGGCGAGGAACUUGGUUCUGCCUACUGGCGGAGACUCGAUGAUUGCUAGCCUUGCUGCUGCUGAUGGACCAGAGACAAAGGCUGCUGCCCCUACUCCUGAUGUGGCAACCGAGAAGAAGAAGAGCAAGCGGAAACAUGAUGACGAUACCCCUGAUGAUGCUGAGGCCACAGCAAAGAAGGUUAAGGUUGAUCAUGUUGAGGUAGAAGAAACUCCCAAGGUGAAGGAGGACGGUGGGGAUGAUAAGUCGGAGAAAAAGAAGAAGAAGAAAAAGAAAAGCAAAGAAGGUGGUGAAGAGGAAGCUGCAGUAGUGGAAAAGGAGUCGGAGAAGAAGAAGAAGAAAAAGGAGAAGGAUGAUGAAGAGGCUGGUUCACCGGAUAAGAAGUCGGAGAAGAAGAAAAAGAAGAAAGAGAAGGAGGCUGGUGAGAAGGGUGAAGAAGCAAAUGUUAAUGGAAAAGAAGAUGGCGAGGCUGAUAAAAGUGAGAAAAAGAAGAAAAAGAAGAAGAAGGACAAAGAUGGAGAUGAAGAAUAG